UUUCAAAGAUCGUGUUUUUCUUUUUUUUUUAUUCUUUCUUUCUCUUUGGUUGUUGGUGUGUUGAGUCGCGAAGAAAUCAUCAAUGGCGUCAAAGGACAAGAGAGCUUCAAAGGCCUCGACCAGUCGAAGCGGCGGUAUUCGCACACUCUCCGAUCUGAAUCGCCAUUCCGCGGAUUCCGACAGCGAUUCCGAUGGGCCUCAGGAGUACUACACUGGCGGCGAAAAAAGUGGAAUGCUCGUUCAAGAUCCUUCGAAGGAUAAUAAUGUGGAUGCAAUCUUUGAUCAAGCUAAGCAACUGGGAGCUGUAGAAGGGCCUGCUCUUCCACCUUCAGGCUCAAGGAGCUUUACUGGAACUGGUAGAUUACUCUCAGGGGAAACUGUUCAAUCUUCUCCUCAGCAGCCUGAGCCUGUUAUACACAACAUUGUUUUCUGGGGCAAUGGUUUUACUGUGAACGAUGGUCCUUUGAGGAGGUUGGACGAUCCUGAAAAUGCAUCUUUCUUAGAGAGUAUCAAGAAGUCUCGGUGUCCAGCAGAGCUAGAACCUGCAGAUGGUCAUGGGAGGACCGCAGUUCAUGUCAAUCUGAUUCGGAGGAAUGAAAAUUGCCCCGAGCCAGAGAAUCGCCAAGUACCAUUUCAGGGUGUGGGAAGAACUCUCGGUAGUAGCUCCUCCUCAGUUGCACCUGAGCCAACCACGGCUUCCACUGCUCCAGCCCCAUUGGUGAACGUGGUUGUGGAUGAAGCACUGCCAUCAACCUCAAUUCAGCUUAGGAUGGCUGACGGAACCCGCUUGAUCGGACAGUUUAAUUACCACCAUACCAUUGGCGAUAUCCAUGCCUUCAUCGAUGCAUCUAGACCCGGAGGUCCUAGAAAUUACCAGUUGCAGAUGAUGGGAUUCCCUCCCAAGCUUCUUAGUGACCGAACUCAGACCAUAGAGCAGGCUGGUCUUGCUAAUUCAGUUGUUAUCCAGAAACUCUAACCCAACUUCCCCAUAACUGCUAUCUGUGACUUCUUUGGAACUAUAAUGAGGAUGUGAACCUGAUAUGUUAGCUGAAGACCCUGGAUGUGUUUUUAGGGGCGGGUUGACUUUCAUGGGAUGCAUUUAUUUAAUAAAAACGAAUAUAUAUGUUUUACACAUUAAAAACCAAAGUUUAUUGUAAAGUGGUGUAGGCUUUUGAUUGAUU